AUGGCCAUCCGGGAUGGGGAGGGGGUAGCACCUGACGAAGCAACAGAAGGGACACCCGAGCAUUUACCUACGCACAUGGCUGUGACCAAUCCUUUUACGAUUCUCUUUCUCCAAAGGAACAAGGGUCCCUUGUAUAUUGAAUCGUUACAAGAAAACCUAAUCGCAGAAGGGACACUGAGAGAUGCCAAGGACAUCUUCCUAUUUAAUAAUUACGCCAUUUGGCUAGUUAAGCUAUCGCAUUUGUGCUUCUUCUUCUUGCUCAGUGUUCAAAAUACUUUUCAAUUCUCACCCAGCUUGGUGUUUCUGGUUUUCUUCUUCGGGUUUUUUAUCAUUUGUUUUUGCUUUUGCAUGAGUUGGUAUAGCUGUUUCUGCUUUAUUAGUCGAGUAACAAACGAGGAGCUAAUCGAUGAAGAACUGAACCCCUCCAUGCUGAACGAAAUAAUUCCUCAGAUUUUCUUCUCCGUGUGCUCCUUUUUGUUGAUAAGCGUACUUUACUUGGGGCAUCUGCUAGUCUACCUGAACGUUCAGAACGAUGUCAUUUCGGUCCCCAUCGAAUCCCUAAUGAUUUUCUUUUUUUUCUUUUUCUGCUGUGUAUUGUAUGGGGCCCUCUUCAAGUACAACAAUUCGGUGGGCGUCUUCCUUCUCGGGGCCAACGGAAUAGCCACUCUGGUGCUUUCCUUUUACCAGGAGAGCAGCCUCCUUCUACCCUCCCUUUUAAGUACCGGACUCUACCUGGCACACCUAAUUAGGAAAAACAAACAGAACAAAUUAUUUUAUCGAGAGCGAGAGGGGGACUACGUGCAAAUGCUCAUGUACACGUCCGCGUCAGCCUUUGCUUCACUCCUACUGAAGAAUUUGAGCCUGAUUAACUACCAGUUUCUCUGCUUCCUAUUGAUCCUUUCAUCCGUAAGGGGAGAGAGAGAGAGACAGAGUGUGUGGAAGCCCUAG